AUGAGUUUGUCAGUCAUCUCCACCAAUGGCACUGGCUCCGCAGACAAUGGGUUUUACAUCAUCGCAUUCGACACCCUGGACUACAAGAACUACCUCAUCCUCAUCCUAUCCAUCAUUUACAUUAUCACAUUGGUGGGUAACCUUGUGCUGCUGGCCAUUUUAUUCUUGAACCCCAGCCUGCACAAUCCCAAAUACCUUGCGGUAUGCAACUUGGCUGUGGUGGACAUCUCAAUGAACAGUGUUGUAAUCCCUCAAAUGGUACCAGUUUUUAUAUUCAAUAUGAACUACGUUUCCUUUGGGACAUGCUUUUCUCAGAUGUUCUUCCUGCAUUUCUUUGGUGACAUGGAGUCCUUCUCUCUGGCUGUGUUAGCUUAUGACCGCCUGGUUGCCAUUUGCCUUCCUCUUCGUUACACCAGCAUUAACACAAACUUGCGGAUGUUCCUCAUCCUGGUGGGAAUAUGGGUCUUGGUGUUUCUUUUAGAUAUUUUCCCCGUGCUCCUGGCCGCUCGAUUGCCCUACUGCGCCUCCAGGGUCGUCCAGAGCUGCUGCUGUGAGCACGGCCCCGUCUACAUUCUGGCCUGUGCCGACAUCUCCUACAACCGCAACCUGGCCAAAGCCAAAACACUCUGCACCCUCCUGGGCCCCCUGGCCUUCAUCUUCCUCACCUACGCCACUGUGGUGGUGGUGGUGCUGAAGGUGGCCUCGGCGGAGCAGCGUCGGAAGGCCUUCACCACCUGCCUGACGCACCUGAUCCUGGUCUUGGUUUACUACCUGCCCGUCAUCCUGGCAUACUUGCUGGGAGCCUUCCGCCUGAAGCUGUCCAUCGACAUGCUGACGGCCAUUAUGACCGUGUUCGUCACCGUGCCGCCCAUGCUGAACCCCAUAAUCUACAGUCUGAAGACAGAGGAGGUGAGGGAAAAAAUUAUGAAGCUGAUUGGACGGCAAAAGGUGGCCAUCGAGUUAAAUAAUAAAGGAUGA